AGUAGAGUCGGUAAAUUUGAAUUAUAUCUCCUGAAGGAAGUUUUCUGAAAGAAAAGUCUGCAUUUUACACAACCAGAAUGAGUAGAAUACCGAGAACACCACUUCGUUCUCGUGGCGGCAACAUAAUGGAGGAGAGGACACCGCAACUGAGCCUGAGUCGUGAACUUAAACAGGUGCUUAAUGAAAGGAACUUGUUAACAGCCAAAACCCGAAAGAAAGUUUGUUCAAUGUUGGAGAAUAUGACGCCGCAGGAGCGAAAUGAGCUGGACAAACGACGAUCAUUACGCCUGCAAGCCAUUGGUGAAAUCCUGACUUCGGAAAAGUCCUAUCUUAAACAACUCGAGGUUUUGAUGGAUUAUUUCAUUGUUCCCCUGAAGCAGCGAUCUAUAAUCGACACAGCCACACAUACUACGCUCUUCGGACAAAUCGAAAUAAUAUACAAUUUAAAUGGCGAACUAUUGAAGGAACUUGAAAUGGAUUUGAAUAACGUCGCAAGUGCAUUUCUGAAAUUGGCGCCUUUCUUCAAACUGUAUUCAGUUUACGCGUUCGAUUAUAAAAACGCUCUUUUGAUUUUGCAAGAUUUGACUAGCAAGAAUCCGGUUUUCCGUAAAUUUAUUCAGGAUACCGGGUCACGGCCUGAAGUUCAGGCAAAACUGAAUUCGUUGAUGAUAGUUCCGAUACAAAGGGUACCGAGGUAUCGAUUGCUGCUGCAACAGGUGUUAUUGUACACGAGCCCUGUUGAUCCGGAUUUCAAGAUAUUGAAAGAUUCAGUCAAAGAAGUAGAAAGCACUGUUUCGCAUAUCAAUUCUGUCAUCGAGGAUCAAGAGGGCACACAAAUUUUACUGAAUCUCCAAAACUCUUUAACCAAUCGCACACCAAACAUUGUUAAGCCAAGCCGCAAAGUAAUCAAGGAAGGAGUUUUGUACAAAGUGGAUAGAAAUGGUGCCCAAGUCAAACGCUACUGUGUUCUAAUGUCUGAUAUAUUCAUGUAUUGUAAAAUCUUAAAGGAUCGCUCGAAAAACACACAAGUUGAAAAUUCCUUGCAAUGCUGUUGUAUUUUCCCCUUGAAAAAAUGCAAAAUAUACGAAUUAUUCCCUGGAAACUUUAAAAUUAGUUGUCAAGGCGAUGGAGUCAUUCUCUGCACGACAGAUCAACAUUUGGGACAAAUGUGGGUUUCAUCCUUACGUGAUGCCAUUGAACUGCAUAUACAGUGUAGGAAGACACUGCGAAAAGAGUCGAGCAAAAGGACGCCAAUGCGUAAAAAGGAUCUAAAAAACUUUGAUGCGGAUUGCAUUUUAAGUCCGAACAAGCGAAAAUGUGACUAUGAAUCAGUUUUUCGAUGCAAAAGUAGUGGAUCUGAUUCCGAAAAUGACGAUGGAAACACAUCAUGCUUCAAUUUCAAAUCAAAAGCGUCAAAGCGGAAACCUGCACCUGAAGGAGAUGCAUCAAUGCCAAAUCCUCGAGAGUCAACUACAUCUACGAACUUCACUUCUGACCAAAUAUUCAAAGUACCACAAACUCCCCCAAAUCGUCCAAUUCAACCGAAAAUACCACGUAGUAAUAAGAAAUCCGAAAUCAAGGCAACCUCUACUGCAAACAAUUCAAUCGACUCACGCUCCAACAAAUCAGAUGACUAUGAUCCAACUUAUGGAUUUGUGAAUCGUUUCUCCGAUACAAAAUCAUAUUUCCGAACGCAUAAUGUUGAUUCCAUUCCCAAUUCAGUAAAUGCAGCUGAAAUAUUGCUGGGCUGUGAAAGCACUCCUGUUAUGGAUGUCCUAUUUCCACUUCGUCACGACUCUGGCGGUAGUGAGAAAAGCGAAUCAAGCUGGUUGCAUAAACGCAGCUUUGACGAUAAAGAAAAUAUGACUAGCUGUGAAGAGCCAACGUUUCCUAAGAAGCGAGUUAAGUUUGAGGACUUGGAGACAGGUCACAAAACAUCUGAGUUCGACGACACGACAAAUAUUCAUCGGAUGAAGCCAAGUGGAUAUGAUUUUUCGAAUGUAAGUGAGGGAUCCGAAAAUCGGAUAUCCUUGAAGCAGCGCAUUGUGGAUUUUUUUGCGAAUAUGUUUUAAGUUUAUGGUAAGCGUUAUUAUUUAUGUCUCUCUUAUUUCCUAAGCAUUUUUUUGUAACAUUUAAAUCCUAGGGGUUAUCUGGAUAUAAAUACUUUCAAUAAAACACUAUAUUAUUUCUGAAUUAA